GCCCCAAGGGUCCCCCCUAGACUAUCGCAGAUUUUCACGUUUAACCCUUCAUGACCUGGGAAUAAACAGUCCGAACCCCCUUUGGAUUCUCUGCCGAUUUCCCACACCCCCCUCGAGUCACGCCCUCGAGCGAUUUGUUUUCCCAUCUUACUUUAGGGGAGGAAAGCAGCCACCACGGAUCGAAUUCUCCAUCGUCCCGACAUCCCUCAUCUGACGGAACCUCAUCUACGAAACCUGUCCCCUUUACGAUCCUCUCGCCCAUCAUGCGGGAGGUCAACUUCAGUAUCCCAAAUGUCAAUAAGGCUUCGGUGAACAUUACAACUACCCUUUACGACCGGCGUGCCCUCGAUUGCACGUCUACCCUGCCCCUCAUAAAUUCUCUCAACCAUCUCGCCUAUCUAACCACUUCUUCCGCGCGAAUUCGCGAUAUCCUCACGGUCGAUGGCGGGAUUGAACGGUUAGUCUGCAUCCUCAAAGAGGGCCGCAGUAGAGAUUUGAUGGAAAUGUGGAAGUGGAGCCUCGCCUUCCAGUGUGUGGUCAACAUCGGCGUGCGGGGCUCAGAGAGCGUGAGGACAAGAGUAGUCGAAGCGGAUAUGGUGCCGGUGAUUGCGACUAUUCUUGACAAUUAUAUCAAGGUGGUGGACAAGGCGCGGGCACGAGCAGAUAGCGAAAACCAAAGACACUCGUCACGGCAUCACCCCAAGGCGGCCCCUGCCGCGGGCGAUGUGACCGGGCGCCCGUCCUUCCCAGACCAGUCGUCCAACAGUGAGCAACGCACCUCUCGCCGCCAGGCACCUCCCCCGUCGAUUGAAAUCCCUGCAUUCCUCCACCAGAACACAAAUGCGCCCGACGCAAACGCCAUGAACGUCACCUCGUCACCUCGUGCUCCCAUGACCUCACCUCCAGAGAGGAGCACGUUUGGACAAGAGGCCCACAUCCACAGAUCGCACGAUGGUCGCCAUUUGCACAAUGGUCAUCGUCACAGGGCGAUGCAGCCCCUGGCCACUGCCUUGCCACCCAUGGAUACCGCUGAUGGCUUCGGUCUGCGUCCCGUGCGGGACACAGAAAGACUCCCAAGCAUGCUGCCCACCUUACACAACGGGAUUACAUCGCAGCCUGAUUCUCCGACGACCCCCAGCGGCCCUGUGCAGUCUCGCAGCCAUGCCCCGACGACUGCAGCCAGACAGCGACCUACGUUGAGGCAGCAACAGUCGGCAUCGGGAGACUCUGAUGAUGGGAAUGGAGAAGGCUCCACUCUGGGGGACAACACCGGCUCAGCAGAGACAUCGGAGCCCAUUGUUGGCCUCCAGAACCAAAUGGAGAUCGAUGAAGUGAGCGACCGGCAAACUAUGAUAGACGGCGUUUCCAAUUCCCAUGAUCUGACCGUGACCGAUCCGUCUGAAGGCCAAGAAGCCGAGACGUUCAACAUCAGCCAUCGUUCCACGGUGGAUGGCAGCAUCAUCAACAACGACAACACGCAGACCAACACGGCUCUGGGGCUGUCUCCGACACAGGCCGUUAAUAACGCCAACUCUCCCGCUCUCGUCCCGAGUCCAUACUCCCUGUACUUCCGCGACCGGUCUGCAGCCCCCCAGAAUGUCCUGACAACAAUGCCCCGUGAUGAAGAUGUCUUGAUGUCUCUCCAAUUGUUGGCCUAUGUCUCGAAGUACUGCAACCUUCGGUCAUAUUUCCAACACUCUCACCUCGUGCCGAAGCUCAAGGUCGACCGUGAACUUCAGAUGCUGGAGGAAGGAGCGUCGCCGAUCGAACCGCCAGAGGAAGAGGAGGAGUACAUGCUUCCUGACGAUGUCAACAUCUUCCCCUUGGUGGAAAAGUUUACAGUGCGUCAUCACUCCAAAGACAUGCAGUACUGGGCUUGCGUCGUCAUGAGGAAUCUCUGCCGCAAGGACGAGUCGAGGGGUGGCAUUCGACAAUGCGCAUACUACAAGUGCGGAAAAUGGGAAGAGUUCCAGCGACAAUUUGCCAAGUGUCGCCGUUGCCGCCGCACCAAGUACUGCAGCAAAGAUUGUCAGAAGGCCGCGUGGGUGUAUCAUCGUCACUGGUGCCACACCACGCCAUGAUAUGAACGGAUGAACUUUGUCUAAUAUAUCUAAUGCAUACCUGGCUUGCAUAGCGUCAUACCUGCCAUCUUUUCUUUUUGUUUUCGAGAUUCCACAUCUACCCGUGCAUGGCAUUUCAGAACCUGGCGGCGUUUCUCUUCAUCUCAAGAUACCUUUUCUGUGUUCUCUAUUCCUGCAAUUCCCAUAUCUCAAACUCUGUUAUUACACCCACUGUUUCAUUAACGUUGGGCAUGAUGCCUAUUUACUACUCAUAUGGAUAACCUCUAGCGGUCAUGAAUCUGCAUACAGUGUUUUCCCAAACACUGGGCCUUUCUGUCAUUCAUAUUCCUGUUGCUCAUUUUUUCCCUCUUCGUUUCCCGUUGGUUAUCUUGAAACAAUCCAUAUUCCAUCUCCUCGACGCCGGACGAUUUUCCUUUUGUCAGUAGCUCUUUAGCAUAUUUCUUGGCUCAAACGGUCUUGUUGGGAGCAUCUUCGUUUGGCCUUUUGUGUUAUUGUCGAUAUUUACCUCAUUGGCGAACCAUUGGUCUUGGCCUCUAAAUACCACAGUGAAUGUUCUGCUUGACGGCAGUCUUGUCUACUCUUUUCAUUGCUCUCAGUGCAUCCAUGUGCAUAAUAUGUUUUGAUUAAUCUCCUUUUAUGAAUGAAAUAGUCUCAUGAUUUGGUUAUAGUUCAGUGCUGGACC